AUGCGUUCUCACUGGCUCCUCCUAGCACUGAUUGGCCUCCUCUUUCCUCUGAUGCUGGUGGCUGCUACUCCUCAGCGGGCUAUUCCUGGCGGUUUGAAGCCCAUACCCAAAGAGAACAUCGGUGACCCUCGUCUGAAGUUGAUGGCAGAGUUCGCGGUGUCCAUGUACAACCUGCGAACCCACAAGAAGUUGGUGGUUGAGAGGGUCAUCCGCGGAGACACCCAGAUGGUCGCGGGCCAGAACUAUCAGCUUGUUGUUUUGGCCAAGGAUGGAUCGUUGCCUAACUCCACCGCAGGUUUCAAUCAUGCCCAUUAUGAGCUUAGUGUGUGUGAGCAGUCUUGGAAGGAUCUUUGGAAAUUGAACUCUUUUCGUCAACUUAACGAUUAG